AUGACCCAUAAUGACCCAAUCAUCGAACUCGCGGGAAUCUGCUUUAAUCGCCUAGCAAGUGAAAGUGUGGAGCCGUGGAGUAGUGACGACUCCCCUUUCCUCUGUAACAGAGAGAAGAGAUCUCCUGGUGUGACGCACUUCAUUUGUCAAUCACAGAAGAUGUAUAAAGCUCUUCACGAACUAUUAGACGUGAAGUCGUGUGUGGCAAUUGUCAAAAAGUGCUUUGACGAACUUGAUUCCGGUUGCACAAAUUGCCGAGACACAUUUGUUUUGCAAACGUGCCACGCAAAUAUUCAGACAGAUAACCAAGUAUCUUGA